GGCGCACCCACAUUUGGCGUUACGUAUUUCUGUGACGUAUGCUCGGCAGAGUUAUUACUUAAGCAACUUUAACAGCUCGAGUCAUCAACGAGGAGUGAUCGGAUCAUCAGAUAAACCCAACGAGAGAACAAAAGUAAACUCAUGGCUCUCAGAAGCGCUGUUACACGUCUCCUCUCCAACAGCCAGAAAUGUGCUGCAGUCACUGUUUCCAGAGCUCAGGGAACAGCUGCUACAGUGGUAAAAGAUGCUGAAGAAGUCAAAAAGCCAGCAAAGACGCCCAAGGUGGCAUUCAACUGGCGGGACGCUCUGGAUCUGGAGGGUCAGCUGACAGAGGAAGAGAUCAUGAUCCGGGACUCGUUCCGCGACUACUGCCAGGAAAAGCUCAUGCCCCGCAUCCUCAUGGCCAACAGACACGAACAUUUCCACCGUGAGAUCGUGUCAGAGAUGGGAGAGUUGGGCGUCUUAGGUCCAACUAUUAAAGGUUACGGCUGUGCAGGUACGAGCUACGUGGCAUACGGUUUGAUUGCCAGGGAGGUUGAGAGAGUGGACAGUGGUUAUCGUUCCGUCAUGAGCGUCCAGUCCUCGCUGGUCAUGCACCCGAUUAAUGCUUACGGCACAGAAGCCCAGAAGGAGAAGUACCUGCCUCGGCUUGCUCGUGGAGAAAUCCUGGGCUGCUUUGGAUUGACAGAACCAAACCACGGCAGUGACCCCAGCAGUAUGGAGACGAGGGCCAAGUACAACCCAUCCAGUGGUACCUUCUCCAUCAGUGGAGCAAAGACCUGGAUCACAAAUUCCCCCGUGGCAGACAUCGCCGUCGUCUGGGCCAGGUGUGAAGAUGGCAGAGUGCGAGGUUUUAUCUUGGAGCGUGGAAUGAAGGGUUUCACCACCCCAAAGAUUGAGGGCAAGUUCUCACUGAGGGCGUCCGCCACUGGUAUGAUCCUGAUGGACGAAGUGGAAGUUCCAGAGGAGAACCUGCUGCCCAACGUCUCUGGUCUUGGUGGUCCCUUUGGCUGUCUGAACAAUGCCCGGUAUGGCAUUGCCUGGGGAGCUUUGGGAGCUGCUGAAUUCUGCUUCCACGCUGCCCGACAGUACACUCUGGACAGAAUCCAGUUUGGUGUCCCACUGGCCAGGAACCAGCUGAUGCAGAAGAAGAUGGCUGACAUGCUGACAGAGAUCACCAUUGGGCUGCAGUCAUGUCUGGCACUGGGAAGACUUAUAGAUGAGAAGAAAGCAGCACCAGAGAUGAUCUCUAUGCUGAAGAGGAAUAGCUGUGGGAAGGCCCUGGACAUCGCCAGACAAGCCAGAGACAUGCUGGGAGGAAACGGCAUCGCAGACGAGUACCACAUCAUCCGUCACGUCAUGAACCUGGAGGCUGUCAACACAUAUGAGGGAACUCAUGACAUUCAUGCCUUGAUCCUGGGCAGAGCCAUCACUGGACUGCAGUCUUUCACUGUUGAAAAGUAAACGACUCCCAUCACCUUGAACGUCUUGAUGUGGAAUACCGUGUGCUACCGAUUCAUGUAAAAAUUACAUGUUUAGAGACUUGAGGUCAGUUAAAGAUCUGCACACUUUUAGGCUCCAAAUGAGUGAUUAAAUUAUAUUUUAAAGCUCUCUUAUUAAAGGCCUUUAAAGUGCAUCUGUUUUUUGUCUUGCACCUUUACACUUCUUCGUUUGUAGUGUGCACAUUUUGGAGACUAUUGAGGGUUUAUUCGGCUAACAUGCAUGUUGGCGUAACUUACAAACGCUUCAUCACAUUUAUAGUUUCAAACUACUAUGGAAAGCUGUCUAUUACUACCUCUGUUUGUUAUCUUUAGUAAUAUGUAAGGUCAGUCUGACAAUCCAUUGGGUCCAGCUGAGAUAUGAUAUUUGUGUUGCUGAAAUGCUAAAACUGUACAUUUGGCCACAACUUUUAUUGUGUAAAAGUUGUGGCAUAUCUUGUGAUGAGUCAAUAUGUAAAUAUAUGGCAUCGAAUGAGUGGGAACAUGUGUGGCUGAAAUACUGUAUGUGGAGACCCCUUCAUACCUUGUACACAAUUUAAGUCCUAUUAAGAUUAUUCAUGGUCAAUAUCAGUUUGAAGAAUCCUAUAUUGUUGCUGAAGCAUCUAAGGUAAAUAUGAAUAUAUAAAUACAUCACUAUAAAGACCAUAACACAAAAAGAAAGAAAAAUGUUAACCCCAGAUUCAAACAAUUCAGUUUAUUUGUUCUUGUUCGUUGUAAGUUUAUUUACUGACUCAACAGAUGCUGAAACUGAACAUAAAUAAAAAAUGGAUUUCA